AUGCGAGGCCGGCGCACAACACGGGUGGUGGCGGCUUUGCUGGUCCUGGUGUGGGUGGCGGCCCUCGUUGCGGAGGUGCCGGUGCACAUGGCGGGCGCGGCAGAUCCGCGUGACGAGGACGCGAAGGCCGUCAAUGCCGUGCUACGACUGCCGGAGGACGACUUCUAUGCCGUGCUCGGCCUUGGUGAAGCACGGGAGGAUGCCACCGAGCGCGAUAUCAAGAAUGCCUUUCGGCGGCUUUCAAAGAAGUACCACCCCGAUGUCGCCACUGGCGAUCAGGACUCGUACCGCCUCGUGUACCAGCGAGUGCAGCGCGCAUACGAGGUCCUCGGUGACCGCCGCAAGCGCAAGAUCUAUGACAUUCUCGGCAUCGAUGGUGUGACAAGGCUGGAGAAACCGCAGCAGCAGCAGCAGAUGAACCCCUUCUUCGCCUUUUUCGGUGUUGGCCAGCAGGCCGACGCGGAACGCGGCAAGGACAUGGUGCUGCUGAUGGUGGUGCCGCUCGAGGACAUCUACCGCGGCGCCGCCCACACGUCCAGGUUUGCCAAGCGCAAGAUAUGCCGUGCGUGCAAGGGCACCGGCGCGCGCAGCGGCGAGGACGUGGUGAAGUGUCCACACUGUCAGGGCCGCGGUCGCCUGGCGCAGCGAGUGCAGAUUGCACCCGGCUUUGUGCAGCAGGUGGAGCAGGUCUGCCCGCACUGCCAGGGCAAGGGCACGCAUGUGGCGCACAUGUGCCCAGUGUGUCGUGGCAAGAUGGUCCUCCCUGGAGAGGCGGUGCUGAGCGUGGACAUCGAAGAGGGUUUACCGGAAGGUCACGUGCUGACGUACGAGUUAGAGGCGGACCAGGCACCCGGUCAGGUGCCCGGCGACGUGCUGCUGACGGUGAUCAGCGCGCCGCAUCCGGUGUUCCAUCGCAGUGGCAACGAUCUCUACGCAAACGUGAGCAUCACGCUGAAGGAGGCGCUGCUGGGCUUCAAAAAAACCCUCGCACACCUGGAUGGUCACAAUGUGGAACUGCACUGGGACGGCGUAAUGCAGAACACGCAGCAGGUACGCAUAGCAGGGGAAGGCAUGCCGCGGCAUCACGUGCCAUCUGAGCGGGGAGACCUCUACAUCACUUAUAAUGUGCUGCUACCCGAAGCGUUGACGGCGGAGCAGCGUGCGCUCUUCCAGGAGCACUUUGCCUAG